AUGAGGACUGAAUCCUCUAUUGAUGUCGUCAAUCCUCGGGAUUAUCGCGCAUUCUGUUUUCGUGGUGAAGGCAGGGCAAAUUUUGUUAUUAGUGCAAAGCAUAUAGCCUCAGGAAUAAGGAUCGUGUGGAGAUUCGCCAAAGCGAGAAAAAGUGGUCUUUUGACAUGGAAAGCAAAGAGCGAGUUGGUCAACCAAUAUAUGGAGCGAAUGGUCUCCCCCUUUUUCGAUUCUGUGUUUCUCGUUAGCCCGAAAAUCAUUGAAAUGAACGCCGAGGAUGUGCACCAACUUGCUAAGAUCCCAUCUCUACCUGCAAAUCUGAAGCUCGAGCAGUUCGACGAGCUUCUAGCACUUCCAAGCGAUCUUUCUUUCCUACCACUCGCUAACAUCCCUAGAAAUGUGCUGAGGCUCUCUGCUUUGGAAAUGCUUGAUGCCACUAGAAUCCCCAAGCAUCUGAUCUCGUACAUCGGCCCCACUAUCACGGUAGAAAUAAAACCGAAGCAAGGAUUCUAUCAAAACCAUCUCUCUAUGGACAUUCCGUAUUGCAACAAUUGCAUUUUGCAGCUCGAAAAAUGCGGUUCGGACCAUUUCGAGCAGAUGUACGAUUUCUGCCCGCUUGAUCUUUACUCGGGCAAUUUUUCAAGAAUGAAGUCGUCGCUAGAGGCUCUUAUGAAAGUUCCACACAGGAAUCUGCGUCUUUUCACUGAUGGAAACUUGAUCCACUCGGAUGAGUCUCCACUUGAUCCUGCGCUUUUCACUCCAACCCUUUUUCCUAGCGGACAAGGAAAUGUUGAUGAUCUCAUGGUUGCGCUGUGUCUCGUUCUGGCUGGUUGCACGGACGUGCGCGACUUUUCCAUUCGCGAUCAUUCUGUUCUUGGACAGAUCCUAUCGGCGCAGAAGAUUGAUUCGGUCGGCAUUCUAAGGGCUUAUCAGAUCUUCCAGAAUCUACCUGCCAGUGCUCAGAAAGAACUUUUGAACAAAAAUCGACUACCUGUUAGAGGCUUGGAGAUCUUGGAUGCAACCGAUGAUCGAUCAUUGCUGGAAAGAUACCUGCUUGCUGCGACCAUGAAAGACUGCUCGAUCAUGGCUUCAUUCCGACUUGUCCCAUCAGGAACAUUCCGCACACCCACUUCCGCUGAUGAUGCGCAAAUGAUCAGGCUAGCCAACGGACUGUGCUUUGCUUACUCGGUGAAAAUUGUGGAUCUUGAUCCAAAAAGCCCAAAAAACUUGGUUAAUGCUUACGCCCGAUUCAUGGCUGGUGUAAAGCUGAUUCGUUUGGAAUCUGUGGCAAGACGCCCAUGCGUCACAUGCCCGUGAUGUUUUUCGUAAGCAGGAGGUUUUCCGAUGCCUGAAUCAUCUUUUUAAAUGUUAUAACGUCGUUUUCUGUUAAACAUGCUCACACUAUAGGUUUUGUAAAGUGCUCACUCUUUUUUUUGCUCCACUGCAAUUGUUAUUCCCUGCACUCUUCUCAGUCUUCUAGAAAUAGCUUUGUGGGUGUUGCAGCAUCUUAUCAUCCAAAUGCAUGCCUCUUUUCCUCUGAUAAUGUGAUUUCCCAAGCACUUUCUCCAGUCACUUUGUCUCUCCAGCUAUCCGCGUGAUAUCCAUUCCAUGUACAAUUUUUCUGCAUAUUGUUCCAUUUGUGAUAGCCCAAUGUAUCCGGAUGGUCUGUUUGGUGAUACUUGGGAGUAUAUGUUUUCUUGAAAUGUACCCAGUGAUUACCCUGUCUCUUAUAACUUUCGGGGGUUUUGUUAUAUGUGCUUAUCAUUAACAUCGCGUAUGAUGCGCAUUUCAUCAAAAUCUC